AUGUUUGAAUUAUUUAUUUUAUUUCAGGAAAUCUCUGUACAAAAUACUGAUUGUAGUAUGGUUACAAUUGGUAUACCACCUGAAUUAAGAAAAAUUGAACAAAUUUUAUUCGCUUCAGUAAAACAAAAUCGUAUUGAUUUAGUCAGUCGAAUUAUUGAUGGACAUAAAUGUGAUAUUAAUGUAAGAGAUAGUUUUGAUCGAACACCACUGCAUUUGGCUGCAUCAUCUGGUAAUUUGUCAAUCGUGAAAUUAUUGGUUGAAGGCAGAUCAUUAGUUGAUCCAGUAGAUAAAUUUGGUAUUACACCAUUAUUUUGGGCUGUAUAUAACAAUUAUAAACAAGUAGCUCAUUAUCUACUAGAUAUGGGAGCUAAACAUAAUCGAGUUACUAAGCAAGGUUUUACAAUUUUACAUUUUAUUGCUGAAUCGAAUGCCAUAUCAAUUUUGAAAUAUUUACAUCGUAAAUCCAAAAUGUUAGAAUAUGAUAUUUCAGAUAAUAAUGGAAUGACUCCAUUUUUAAUAGCUGCUUCUAAAGGAAAUGAAUUAUUAAUGGAGAUUUUGGUAAAACGAAAAUGUAAUGUGAAUGCAACAGAUUUGUAUGGUCGAAAUGCAUUACAUUUUGUUGCAAAAAAUGGUCAUAUCGAUGCAUUAUACUACUUAUUGUCAUUGGAACUACUUAAAACGAAAAUUAAUGAAUUAGAUAGCUCCGGUUGUAGUCCGCUACAUUUAGCUUGUGAAAACAAUCAACAACAUUGUGUUCGCCUACUUCUAGAAACUGGUGCAGAUCCAAACAUUCAAACAGAGACUCGUGAUUGUCCUUUGAUUGAAUGCUCUCGAAGAGGAUUCCAUAAAUGUAUUGAUCUGCUUCUUCAAAAUCAAGCAAGUCGCCAGAAAAGUAACAAAGUAGGUGAUACCGCUCUACAUGUUGCAGCAUUAGCUAAUCUUUCAGAUACAAUUUAUUUUUUAUUUUCAAGAAAUUUCGAUUUAUUCACUGUUAAUGAAGAUAAACAAACUCCAUUACAUCUCGCAGUAUCACAAAAUAGACUUGAAGCAGUUGAAGCUUUAUUAUUUUGUGGUGCUCCAUUAGAUCAGAAAGAUAAAGAUGAUCAAACCGCUUUGAUGAUUGCUGCUAAAGCCAAUUACACUGCAUUAGUUGAUAUGAUUAUACGUGCCGAUCGAUGGAAUAAAACUUAUCCGAUUUAUGCUCAGAAAUUAAUUGAUGAAAUUCUACAAACUCAACAGGAGAAAUCCAGUAUAACAAGAAUAUUAGACAAAAAACAAAAUAAUUCAUCCAGUCAUCAUAAAAGACACGAAACAUUAUCAAAUAAUCGAAGACAGUCAAUAAACAAUAAUGCUGAUCGUCGAAAUAACAAUCAAACUGACGAUAUUACUGAAGAUUCCGAAAGUAGUCAUACAUAUGUUGGACAACAAUAUACUACUACUAAUAAUAAUAAUAGUAAUGAAAACAGAUUAUACGAUGCUUAUCCAAGCAAUCCGCAUUCGUAUCAAUUGAAUUCAUCACCGAAUAAUUCAAUCAUUCCAAAUGAUCCUGAUCCGGAAGAUGGGAUCAUCACUGAGUUUAUUGAUCCAUUCAAACAAUUAGCAUUAGAAGAGAAUUGUUAUCGACAAGGUAAUGAAAGCGCCAUAUUCAUUGAAGAUCAUCGUUCAAGAACUACAGCUAGUUCUGAGUCCGGUAGUGAAUUAUCAUUAGGUUAUGAAGCAAGUAGUGCAUGGCAUAGACAAGAACAAAGACGUCGACGCCAUGAACAACACGAACAACAACAACAACAACUGAAUGAUUCAUCACGGGAUUCCAUGAAUUUAUCACAAAUUAGUUUAAGACGUGAUCUAUCCGAACCAAAUUUCACUAGAAAACAUUACAAUGUAUCAAAUAAUCAUGAUAAUGAUUAUAAUUAUGAUCAUACAAAAUCUAAUGAUGAUAAUCUUAGUCAUUUAUCAUAUCAUCAUCAUGUACAAGGUGAAGAGAUUUAUUUACCAAAUGGUGAAAUUAUAUUUCGUAUAACAGAUACAUUAUUAGGUCAAUCAAGUCGUAAUAUGCGUUUAUUCAAUGGUUACGGUGUGAAUCAAACAAAUCCAUUUACAUUUAGAGCACCAUGUCAAAAUUAUGCUGAUGAUAUGAAUAUAUUAUUUUAUGAUUAUUCACAUCGUUAUGCUAAACCAGUAGAUUGGAAAAAUUUAGCAAAAUUUUGGGGAUUCACAUUAGAUGAUAUUAAAGCGAUUGAAUAUCAAGAUAUUGGUAAGAAUUCUUAUAAACAGCAUACAUAUCGUUUGUUAAAUAUUUGGUUACAUGGAAUCAAUGAUAAUCAAUCACCAUUGAAUGAAUUCUAUUUAGCAUUGACUACAAUUGGACGUAAACAUACAGUGGAUCAAUUGCGUCAUCGGAUUAAAACUUUGAGCAGAAUGAAUCAUAAGCAUAAAUGCAAAAUUUAAUUUACAAUUCAAUUUACGCUGUGUGUCCUCACUCUUACUACAUUUUCUUUUUAAAUCCUCAUCAAUGCUUUUGUUGUUAUCAUCAUGAUCAUCAUCAUCAUCAUCAUCGUCAUCAUGUGUAAAAUUUCAUAUGUUCACUGUUUAUGUCAAAUAAAACAGGUA